CUUAUACGAAGUCAGAGAAUGACUACAUAUAGAUUUAUUCAAACCGAAUUCAGGUGGAUCAUUAAUUGGAGCAGUCGCAGUUGUUGCUCAUGCCAUGGCUAUCCUGCUUCGAUUUCUCCUUUCUUCAUUACUCCUGUCGUUGCCACUUCCAUCUUUCUCGAGAACCUAUACAAGUUUAACAAAGGGCUCAUCGCUUUCGACUCGGGAUUUUCUUGUUUCGACCCCAGAUGCCAUUUUCGCCGCUGGAUUUUUCAGCGUCGGUGAAAAUUCUUACUGCUUUUCUAUAUGGUUCGCUGAGCGAUAUGAUGAUAAUCACACAACAGUUUGGAUGGCCAAUCGAGAUCAGCCGGUUAACGGACAACACACCAAGCUGAUUCUACAAAAUUCAGGCAAUCUUGAGUUGACUGAUGCGGGACAGCUUCUUGUUUGGUCAAGUGCUACAGAAUCAAGCUCUUCUGUUCAAUUGGAACUUCAUGAUAAUGGUAACCUUAUUCUGAGCACUUCUGAUGGCCAAAAUCUUUGGCAAAGUUUUGAUUCCCCUACAGAUACUCUCCUUCCCGAGCAACUGUUUACCAGAAACUCAAUUCUUGUUUCCUCCAGAAGCAAAACUAAUUAUUCCUCUGGUUUUUACAAGUUAUAUUUCGGUAGCGAUAAUGUCCUGCAUCUCCGGUACGAGGGUCCUGAAAUAACUAAUGUUUUCUGGCCUGAUCCAACGCUUGUUAUCUGGACCGCAGGCAGGUCCACCUACAACAGUAGUAAAGUUGCCAUGUUAAACUCAUCAGGCUACUUCUUGUCAUCUGAUACACUUCAGUUUAAUACUUCUGAUUGUGGUGUUAGACUUCAGAGAAGAUUGGUAAUGGAUGUUGAUGGCAACCUUCGGGUCUAUAGUCUAGAUAAGGCCACUCAGAGCUGGCAGGUUACAUGGCAACAAAGCUCUGAACCAUGCAGUAUUCCUGGCAUUUGUGGCGCCAACAGCAUAUGUAGCUCUGCUCCUGACAGUGAGAGGAAAUGCACUUGUCUACCUGGAUAUAAGAUGAACAAUUUGACGGAUUGGUCUAAUGGGUGUGAGCCGGAUUUCAAGCUCUCGUGCAAUGACACUGUUUCAUCAGGUUUUGUCCAAUUGCUCAAUGUCCAAUAUAAUGGCUACGAUCUUGGCUCGUUCACUAAUUACACCUUCGAGAGUUGUAAAAACUUAUGCUUGAGUUAUUGUGAAUGCAAAGGAUUUCAAUAUACGUUUGACUUAGUAAAUGGUUACUAUAGUUGUAAGCCCAAGACUAUUUUAUUCAAUGGAUAUCGUUCGGGUGAUUUUCCAGAUCCCAUGUACAUAAGAGCACCCACAAUAAAUCUGAAUACGAUUAAGCCUAGCCGAGAUCUAAAUUUGCAAUGCAGUGCCCAGAUUACGCCGUUGGACAGGACUUAUGAAAGAAAAAACCAAGAUUGGGUGAAGUCUUUUCUGUGGUGUACUCUGGCUAUUGGAGCUUUCGAGAUAAUCUGUUUAUUCACUUACUUCUUCAAAACCCAAAGACGGUCUAGUGCAAAGAUACAGAGCUACCUUCAGGUUGCAACGGGAUUUAGGAAAUUCAGUUAUGCCGAGCUGAAGAAGGCAACAAGGAACUUCAGCGAAGAAAUAGGACAAGGAGGGGGUGGUGUUGUAUACAAAGGCAUGUUGUCGGAUAAUCGAGUUGCUGCAAUCAAGUAUCUAAAGGAAGCAAUCCAAGGAGAAGCUGAAUUUCUUGCAGAGAUAAGCACCAUUGGGAGGCUCAACCAUAUGAAUUUGAUAGAAAUAUGGGGCUAUUGUGCCGAGGGGAAGCACAGGCUUUUGGUGUAUGAAUACAUGGAACACGGGACUCUAGCAAACAGUUUGUAUUCUGAUAAACUUGAUUGGAAGAAGAGAUAUGAAAUUGCUCUAGGUACAGCCAGGGGACUUGCUUACCUGCACGAAGAGUGCCUUGAGUGGGUUUUGCAUUGUGAUGUGAAGCCUGAAAACAUACUUUUGAACUCUGGUUAUCAGCCAAAGGUAGCAGACUUUGGGCUCUCUAAACUGCUGAACAGAAGUGGUAUCGACAAUCUACAAUUUUCCAAGAUUAGGGGAACUAGAGGUUACAUGGCACCCGAAUGGGCUUUCAACCUUCCAAUCACUUCUAAGGUUGAUGUCUAUAGCUACGGAAUUGUUGUGUUGGAACUAAUAACUGGAAGGAGACCUACAGGUGGAAAUUCUAAUGAUGACGGCAGCGCGGUUGAGCCGAGAAGGCUUGUGAGUUGGGUGAAGGGGAAAAUGCAGGAAGCUGAUGGAAGAGGAUCACCUACAUCUGUUAUGGGAAUUGUUGACCCUGCCCUGGAUGGUGAAUUUGAUAUGGAGCGGAUGGAAAUUUUGGUUAAAGUUGCUCUGAAGUGUGCAGAGGAGGACAUAGAUGCCAGGCCAACAAUGAGGGAGGUGGUGGACAUUCUGCUUCAUCAAGAGAGUGAAGGAGCAGUAAUGUUCUAGUAAGCCUAUAGCUCCUUAUGAUGUUCCAGAAAUCUGAAAUUCAAUUUUUUUCAAGAAAUCUUGUAAAUGUUGUAUGUCCUAAUCAAUAGUUAUAUGUCUCUGGUUUUAU